AUGGGUCUCUCUAGCUACUUCAAGGCCGAGAAGCUCGAGCCCAAGCAGAAGGGGCCAGCCCCAGCAACCGCGGAGGGAGUGUUUACUACAGAGAAAACGCCUUCAGGUCCGAUGAGCUUGGGACCGGGUGACUUCGAGCUGCAAGCGCCUACGCCCCAAUUCGGUGGCUCCGGUGGUGGCUCCUCGAGAAACUCGGUGUCGGGUCGUUCGGUAAGAUCGGGCCACAGCUCCAUGUUCGUCGACGACAUCAAGCACGAAGUCAUGGUCAACUACCUCUACCAGCAACAAUGCUCGCGUCUCUGGGUGUCGGACGGUUCAGGGGAGGUCGAAGGCGUUGUGCUGCGCAAGUCUCGUGGUAACUACAUAACGUGCCCCCCACAACUGGUCACCACACCUUUUGGCAUGUCCUGUUCCACACUCAACGUGCAGUGUGCCAUGACGGUCAACUCUCGAGUCAUCAAGACCUUCUUGUCAUGGUCGCCUGAUGCGGUCGAUGUCCCCUUGAUGAAUGGCCUACGGGUCCAGAUCCUGCCCACGAUGGAAGACUUGCCCAGGGCGAGAAAGCACCAGUUCGCCGCCUUUAUUGCGUCGGAGGCUCUGCUGGUCGUGUGGGAUGACGACGCGCUUCAUCUUGUCCAGCGGGUCAAGGCCAUCGAAUCUGAGCUGAUGGAGCUUGUAUGGCAGGUGGGCGAGACAGACCCCGGUGAGGGCGGCGAGAAGAAGGCGGCCUACGAGGUCGGACAAGUCGAGAUCGACGAGGAGAGUGGCCAGAUCAUACCCGAGAAGCGUCCCGUUCACUUGCUGAACACGUACCUUGUCUCCAUCGUCCUCAUCCUCGUCACUGUCUCACUGGGUGCGGCUUGGCGCCAACUAGCGAUCGAAGUCUCGGUUGAUGGCAGCUACACACGACUCGCCCUCAUCGCUCUGGCGCCCAUCCAGGUCUUCUUCACUUUGUUCUUUGCUCAGGUCAUCGUCGGCUGCUUGACCCAGAUCUUCGGCCCCAUCCGGCAAAUGACCCAGAACUCAAAGUUCUAUUCGGCCAGGCCGCCACCGAGACUGCAGUCAGCUUCGCUGCCGCAUCUGACGGUGCAGUGUCCCGUAUACAAGGAGGGUCUGAUCGGAGUCAUUGCGCCAACGGUCAAGUCGAUCAAGCAAGCUAUCAGUACAUACGAAUUGCAGGGCGGGUCUGCGAACAUGUUCGUGAAUGACGAUGGACUCCAGCUUCUCCCCGAAGAAGAGCGAAAGGCCCGUAUCGAAUUUUACGCUGAUCACUCCAUCGGUUGGGUCGCUCGUCCAAAGCACGGAGAGGACGGAUUCCUGCGGCGCGGCAAGUUCAAGAAGGCUUCGAACAUGAACUUCGCUAUGAUGAUCUCGUGCAAGGUUGAGGAGAAGCUGGAAGCGUACAACCGCGGCCCCGAAUGGUCACAAGCCGAUGAGGCCCAGGCUUACGAGAAGGCGCUCAAGGAUGUCCUGGAGGAGAAUGGUAGGGCGUGGGCCGACGGCAACAUCCGUAUUGGCGACUACAUCCUGAUCAUCGACUCGGAUACCCGUGUACCGGCUGACUGCCUGUUGGAUGCCGUUUCCGAAAUGGAUCAAUCGCCUGACGUCGGUAUCAUGCAGUUCUCUUCCGGUGUCAUGCAGGUCGUCCACACCUAUUUCGAGAACGGCAUCACCUUCUUCACCAACCUCAUCUACACGGCCAUUAGAUACACCGUCUCCAACGGUGAUGUUGCUCCCUUUGUCGGCCACAACGCUAUUCUUCGAUGGAGUGCCAUCCAGCAGGUCUCGUACGAGGACGAGGAUGGCUACGAGAAGUUCUGGUCGGAGUCUCACGUGUCAGAGGACUUCGAUAUGUCUCUCCGCCUCCAGUGCGCCGGCUACAUCAUCCGUCUGGCCGCAUGGGCAGGUGAAGGGUUCAAGGAAGGUGUCUCGCUCACCGUGUACGACGAAUUGGCUCGAUGGGAGAAGUACGCAUACGGCUGCAACGAACUGCUCUUCCACCCCAUCCGCAUGUGGAUCUGGAAAGGUCCCUUUACACCCCUUUUCCGCCGGUUUUUGUUCUCCAACAUCCGUUUCACCUCCAAGAUCACCGUCAUCUCGUACAUUGGCACCUAUUACGCUAUUGGAGCCGCUUGGAUCCUGACGUCAGUUAACUACUUCAUCAUGGGUUGGUUCAACGGUUACCUGGACAAGUACUACGUCGACUCUUGGCAAGUCUGGUUCUCGAUCAUCAUCGUCUUCAACGGUCUCGGUAACGUUGCACUGGCCAUCAUGCGAUACCGGAUGGGCCAACGAACUCUGCUGUACUCCCUCUACGAGAACUUCAAGUGGACCUUCCUCCUGGCCAUCUUCCUGGGCGGAUUGUCUCUGCACGUGAGCCAGGCCAUCUUGGCUCACAUGUUCGAGAUCGACAUGUCCUGGGGCUCGACGUCCAAGGAAGCCGAGUUCUCCAACUUUUUUAUCGAAGUGCCCAAGGUCCUGAAGAAGUUCAAGUUCUCGAUGAUAUUUUCUCUCCUUUUCAUCGUGGGUAUGAUCAUCCUGGCCGUCGCUCCUUUCGUGCCUGUCGGAUGGCGCAUCACAGACUUCGUUGCCAUUCUUCCCAUGGCAACUGUCGCAACCAGUCAUUUCCUCUUGCCUCUCGCUUUGAACCCUGCCCUCAUGACAUUCUCUUGGUAA